AGAAGCGUGCUAAAUUUUCGAUUCUCCCAAAAAUAGUCGUUGUGGUCAUUUGCUGAAUGAAGAAAAAAAAUGGCUGCGAAUUUUGGUUUCUGGUUUAUUACUGUCGUGCUGAGUCACGCUGUCUGUGGGGUCACGUGUUGGUUGCAACGAACUGAGUUCAAUAUGACGGAAUACUGGCAGAUGCCUGCCCUUUCAGAGUAUGAAAACUUCGAAAGUUGCCUUCGGUCAAAUCCAGCAGCAGUGUUUUGUGUGGUGAAAAGUGUCGUGAAACCUGACGAGCAAUCCGCCAUAUGGAAGUCAAUUCAAAAAUAUUCCAAAUACGAGCAUCAGUACAGGCACGACAUCCUGGCGCGUGGAAUUUGCAUAGAGCAGUGUGAGCAACUCGUAGGGAAUCUCAGCGACAAGCAGCGGGAACAGUUUCUGCAGCCGAAAUUCGAUAUUCAAUUCAAGUACAUCAUUAACGAUUGGCUCCUGCCGGGCAUAGAGCGGUACAGACAACGGUACGGGGAUUUGGCCAACAUCUGUCUAAACUAUCGAACCCAGUUGCAGUACAAUCUUAGCGUUUACUCCGAAAUCGAGUAUUGCACCACUAACGAAACACUUAUAAGGGCAACCGAUUUUUGGGAUAUUGCGUUCUAUGCUGUCCUCGUGAUGCUAUUUCUACUAGCCGUGGCUGCAUCUAUCUACGACGGAGUGCUUGCCAAAAACAGUGACCACAACCACUAUCGGUCACUUCUUGAGUCUAAAUCACAAAAUCUUCUCACAGCAUUUUCACUCCGGAGAAACAUCAACCGACUGACGAUCAAGCUCGACAACGACCCGAUUCAGAAAAGUUUACGAUUUUUGGAGUUCGUCCGGGUGUUGGUAAUGACCACGAUCACCAUCGAUCACGUCAUCAUCGGCAUGAGCUUCACCACAAUCCAGAACCCCGAGUUUACCGAAAAAAUUGGAUCGAUUCCGAUGGUGCAGGCCAUCCUGACGCUAAUGCCCUUUCAGGUUGACGUAUUCUUCGCCAUUAGUGGCCUUUUGGUGGCAGUUCAGUUUGUCAAGGUGACCAACGGUAAGCCAUUUGCGGGGAAGAUGUUCUGGUUGGGCUUGGUGAAUCGAUAUCUGAGGUCGUUGCCGGUUUACUUGGUGGUGCUACUGCACAGCGUUUCCGUGUACGACCUGCUGGAAAGUCCUUCGGCCUACCGGAUUGUAGCAACUCCCCGGAUCAUGUGUCGGGCCAAGUGGUGGAUCAAUCUGCUGUUCAUAAACAAUUACUAUCAACCGGAGGAGCAAUGCCUGAUUCAGACAUGGUACUUGGCAGCGGACUUUCAGUUGUUUAUCGUUGGGUUUGGGUCGCUGAUGGUGCUUUGGAGAUAUCCAAAGCUGCUCAAACCAAUGUUUUGCACACUUCUCACUGCUGGAUUCAUCCUGCCUAUGCUCAACGUUGGCUACCAUUCUACUUCAGGGAUUUACUUCCUAUCAAACAAGGCAUGUUCGUUCCAGCUGUGGUACGACAAGUGGUUCACCAAAACGUACGUGGCGAUGGAGACGCACUGUUUGAGUUACUUUGCCGGAAUGCUGGUCGGCAUUAUCUACCACAAGAUGCAGAAGAAUGACCUGCUGCUCGAAAAGUCCAGGCUCUUCAAACCCCUCCGAUACAGCGUCUUCCCGAUUCUGCUUGCCUUCAGCCUCUCGAACCCAUUCUUCCAAACCAACACCGAUGACAACCCGUCCUUAGGGACGAUCCUCUACAGUGGACUUCAGCGAUUGUCCUUCGCGGCCUUUGUCACGGUGGGCUUUCUGGUGCUAAUGUUCGCCAAUCGGAACACAUUUUUCGGCACACUUCGAACGUCCCAACUGUUGGAGAACUCCCUGCUGCGGGUGCUCAGCCGGUUGAGCUUCAGCUUCUAUCUGAUCCACAUGACCGUCCUGAAGACGAUCUACGCCAAUCUGCACGAGGCCGAGCGGGGCACGGCACUGUUGGCGUUUCAGGUACUCUCGUCAGCCACGGCUAUAACGUACUUCCUGUCAUUGCUGGCAUUCCUCUUGGUGGAGAAACCGUUCGAUAUUAUCUUCAAACAGUUGCUGGAGGGAGGGCGUCCAAGGAAACCACCAAUUCUCAGCCCGAACAAUAGCAACGAGGUUAAUGUGACGAUUCAGAGAAAUGGACAUUCGCUUUCUAAUGGCAAAUAGACGAAAAAAGUUCAAUUUCCUAUUAUGUAAUAGAAUCCUGCUGAGGAGGAUAGUUUUUAGUGCUCAUUUUUUUAAAAAAGAUAACAUCACUCAUACUUACAGAUCUGAAAUAAACAUGAACAGCUAAUAAAAGACAAAAAUGG